AUGCUGAGAUCUCUGCUUCUCCUGGCCUUGGUGCCAUUUGUCUCGACUCAAGAUGAGAUUCCUACAGAUGCCAGUGUUACAGAUGAGGACAUGGGCCCAGCAGCUUUCAUGUGGCCUCCGGACAGAGUGUGGUCGGGGGAUAUGGAUAAUAAAGCCCCCUGUGGUUCCCGUGCUUCUGCAGGCAACAGGACCGAUUUUCCACUAAGUGGCGGUGCUAUUUCACUCGUCGCUCAAGACGAUUACUACAACACGAAGAUCAGCAUCUCCUACUCUAACGAUCCUGCCUCGAACAAUGACUUCGACACAUUGAUUCAAGAGAGCAGCAUUGCAGAUCUCAAUCCAGGCCACAGCUGCGUUGAGGUUCCCGACGCACCAUCCAAGGUCUCGGCUGGCGACAACGCAACUCUACAGAUCAUCUAUCGUGCUGACUGGGAUGCACCACACAACCAGACCUUCUACGCCUGCGCCGACAUUACCUUCGUCGAAAAGUCCGACUUCAAAUUCGCGAUUCCGUGCUUCAAUGCCACCGAGCCAGGCGACGAUGACAAAGAAGCUGGCGCAACCGCUGAACCAAACCCUACCGCAACCCACCGCUCAACCUCGACCGCUGACUCUGAAGCUUCCGACUCAGACGAGAAGUCCAGCGGCUCUAAGAAGCUGAGUGGUGGAGCUAUUGCCGGGAUCGUAAUCGGCGCUGUUGCUGGACUGGUACUUAUUGCUGGUGCUGCAUUUUUCUUCUGGCGGAGGAAGCAGCAAGCAAAGAGGAACUCAAGGAUUGCUCGAAUGGAGGAAAAUGCUCGAAAGCAUCAAUUGGCGAGCGACGGUGGAUCGCCUAGUAUUUGA